GCUGGAAACGGAUUCAUUCCCUGCCGGCUCUCCACCUAGCCGGAGCAAGGCUUGGCAGUGAGAACGCUGCGACGCGCCCGCACUUGGCGGCCGGAGGCGCCCUGCGCUCGGCUGCGGCCGCGCGAGGCGCUUUUUCCCAGGAGCGAGCCGGGAAAAGCCCAGUUUAACCACGAGUGGCUCAGCCAUUGCACGGGCCUCCAAGCAACAGAAGGACGACGAAAGAGGGCUGAAGCUGACCUGAACUUUCCCACGGAGGGGAGAGGGCGCCAGGGCGAGUGUGGCGAAGCUCACGGCCAGCGGUGGAUUACCCCGGCCAGUCUGCGCCUGCGGGCUACGAAAUGCGCGAGGAGGACAAGGGCAUGCUCGGUGGUGGCGGCGACGACGCGGGCCUGGCCAACGCCUCGGCGCAGGGGCAAGUGGAGACCGUGCGGCAGCUCCUGGAAGCGGGUGCGGAUCCCAACGGAGUCAACCGCUUCGGGAGGCGGCCGAUCCAGGUCAUGAUGAUGGGCAGCACCCGUGUGGCCGAGCUGCUGCUGCUCCACGGCGCAGACCCCAACUGCGCCGACCCCACCACCCUCACCCGACCUGCGCACGACGCGGCCCGGGAGGGCUUCCUGGACACGCUCGUGGUGCUGCACCGCGCCGGGGCGCGUCUGGACGUGCGCGAUGCCUGGGGCCGCCUGCCCGUGGACCUGGCUGAGGAGCGGGGCCACCGCGCUGUCGCCCGGUACCUGCGCGCAGCUGCAGGAGACUGAUGGAGGGUACCCCCAGCCGCCCACAAGGACAUUUCUUUUCUCCCCUGAUCCCCACCCCCAACUUAGUACAAGGGAGGCUACAAAUGUGGAGCGGCGGAAAGCCUGAAAGCCUUCCAGCCUUGACUCACCGUGGGGGAGGAGAAGCAGACCGUGAAUACAUUUUUUUCUUUCUUCUUUUCCCCUGGAUCCCGCCCUCACACUCGCGGCGCAGCCAAACACAGAGGUGGUGCAAAUGGAUUUCCAGAGAGAUUUAGGAGCUGAACGUGAAGCUCCCAGGUGUCCUUUACUUUUCAGGGUUUUCUGGCAAAAAGCGGCCUGUAAAAUCCAUAAGGACCCCCAGGUGUCUGCCGAACUUCACAGGAAAAACACUGGCAGCAAAGUGCGAGGCGGCGAUGAUUGGCAUUUGAGGGGGAGGCAGAUGACACGUUUGCCCCACUGACCUUGAAGGAGCCUCCUGGAAGCCCCUACUUUAGGUUUGAGGCUCUGGGGACUAGAAGGAAAACACUGAAGACUGAGGAGACGACAACGACGAUGCCGAAGACGAGUUCGACAGCAGACAUGGGCAUCAGGAGCUGCCCAAGGCUUUACACGCUGUGUUGCCACGCAAGUCACCUGCGAAGCCCUGGGGACUUGCGCCGAGCUCCACCGGACAGUGACGGGAAAGGAGGAUGCGAGAAUCUGCCCACAAGUUCUAAGAUCCCAGGGUCAAGAAGACGCAGAACAGCUCUCGGAGAGGGGCGGGUGCUUGCUGUUUGUUAUUCAGUCCAGGGGAGAUUCUUGGGGAGUUGCAGAAGUCAGAGUGCAGGACUACGUGGCGGAUUGUAGGGAGAGCAAGAGUCCGAUUAACUGUAACAAUUUGCUUCAUCUAUAUACAAUAGGAUAAAGAAG